UUUAUUCAAAACAAUUACAGGAUCUGUGCACGGGGUGUUUUUACUUUGGAUGAGUCAGAUGUGAUCAGCUUUUUGUUUUUAAGUGUAAGUUGAUUGAAAUAGCUGCUGUUGGAUUUAAAAGCAUUUGAUCUACUUUGAAGACACAAUAUGAUCUUCAAUCCUGCCGAAAAACUUCAUUUUGCUUUUUAUUUGUCAAUAGGUCUUCUGAGUCUACCGCUGCUUACAGAAUGUGAUAAAAUCAGGCUGGUCGGGCCUUCGCGUUGCUCUGGUCGGGUGGAGGUCUACCACAGAGACUCUUGGGGAACGGUGUGUGAUGAUCACUGGAGCCUCGCCAGCGCUGACGUGGUGUGUCGAGAGUUAAACUGUGGGACAGUUCUUGAGGCCAAAAAAGGCGCCUUUUUUGGAGAGGGGACGAACAUGAUCUGGUUGGAUGAUGUGCAGUGUACCGGCAGUGAGCCUUCCAUCGUCAAGUGUCCACACAGACCGAUGGGGGAAAAUAACUGCGGCCACACCGAAGAUGCUGGAGUUGUCUGUUCUGAACAUGUGAGGGUGGUCAACGGCAGCAAUCGGUGUAACGGCAGAGUGGAAGUCUUCCACGACGGCAGCUGGAAGCGAGCGUGCAGCAGUGACUGGGCCAAGGCAGACGCUAACGUGGUGUGUCAAGAGAUUAACUGUGGCACUCCUGUCAUUCAGUCUGAAGUGCUGAAUUUUGGAGAGGCACCCGGCCUGGGUGGCAUCAAAACCAACUGUGCUGGAAAUGAGAGCUCUGUCUCACGGUGCAAACUUCAGGAUUUCAAGGAAAGCUGUAUUGAUGCUACUCUUGUCUGUUCAAACAGUAAACCAAUUCGGCUGAUGAACGGGACUAAUCGGUGCUCUGGGCGAGUGGAACUCUUCAAUGAUGGACAGUGGGGAACGAUUUGUGAUGACAGAUGGGGGAUGCAGGAAGCAACUGUUGUAUGUCGAGAGAUGAACUGUGGCACUGCUCUCUCAGUCAAGUACAAGUCCUUCUUCGGCAGAGGUCGGGAUCAGGUUUGGUUGGAUGACCUUGAGUGCACCGGUCAUGAGAAGGCUAUUUCUGACUGCCCGCACAGAGGUUUUGGAGAACACGAUUGUGACCACAAUGAAGACGCUAGUGUUAUAUGCUCAGAGUCAGUCAGAUUGUUCAAUGGGACAGAGCGAUGCUCUGGCAGAGUGGAGAUCUUCCAAAACGGCCAAUGGGGGAAAAUUUGUAAUAAUAACUGGCGCAAUGAAGAGGCUGCUGUGGUGUGUAAGGAACUCAGUUGUGGAGCUCCCAAAAAAUUCCAAAGCCACAAUUACGGGGACAGUGGACUGAGAGGGUACACAAGCAGAUGCUCCGGAAAUGUGAGCUCGAUCUCUGAGUGCACGCUUCAAGAAUACGCAGGGAGAUGCGAAGGUGUUUCUCUUUCAUGCGAAGGUCACCCACCGCUGAGGCUCGUCAAUGGCACAGACCGAUGCUCUGGUAGAGUGGAGGUUCUGCACGAUGACCAGUGGGGAACCGUGUGUGACGAUGAGUGGGACAUCAGAGACGCUCAGGUGGUGUGCAGAGCCGUGGACUGUGGAACAGCUCAGACAGCCAAAUCCAGCGCUUUCUUUGGUCAAGGCCAGGGAGACAUCUGGUUGGAUGAUGUUGACUGUUUCGGUAAUGAGACGUCCCUUAUGCACUGCCGGCAUCCCACCCUCGGAGAAAAUAACUGUGGCCACGGUGAAGAUGCUGGUGUGGUGUGCUCAGCUAACAUCAGACUGAUCAAUGGGUCUGAUCAGUGCUCAGGCAGGGUGGAGUUCUAUUAUGGCGGCCAGUGGGCAUCAGCAUAUAAUUAUAACUGGGGAAUUAAUGAAGCAUCAGUGGUGUGCAGAGAGAUGAAUUGUGGAGAUCCUGUCUCGUUUUCAGGAUCAUAUGGUCAAGGCGAAAAAACGGGAAUCGGGUAUAAGGUCAGCUGCAGCGGCAGAGAGAGCUCUGUCACACAGUGCAACCUGAGAGAAUAUGUCAGGACCAGCCAAGAUCGAAUCGAAGAGGCAUCUGUCACAUGUUCUGGCAACGUAAAGUUGAUCGGUGGGAACAAUCGUUGUGCUGGAAGAGUGGAGUUCUACGACAAAGGCCAGUGGGGGACUGUGUGUGGUGAGGCCUGGGACAUGAAUGAUGCAAACGUGGUGUGCAAACAGCUGGACUGUGGCAGGGCUCAUAAAAUGACCACCAUGACUGAGUAUGGACAAGGCCCAGGACAGACAUGGAGCGAUCAAAUUGAAUGCAAUGGAUUGGAGUCAACACUGGGUCAGUGCCCACAAAGACCAUUUCGUGACAAAACCUGCAAUGUCACCUCAGUUGCUGGUGUUUUCUGCACAGGAGGUUUGGAGGUCCGGUUUGCUGGUGCUAAAGAGUGCUCUGGCAGAGUAGAGGUACGCUAUGGCGAUGUGUGGCACACUGUGUGUGAUGCAGACUGGACCCUGAGUAAAGCUGAGGUGGUGUGUGCACAGCUGGAAUGCGGAAACGCACUGAACGCUCCUGGCGCUGCCCACUUUGGCCAAGGCAGUGGAGAAGUAGUGGAAGCUAGCAAUUGGUGUUUUGACAAUGUGACGUCUCUUCAGCAAUGCUCACUCAAAGGUUUCAGAAGAGCAACGUGUGGGCACGAACGUGAUGCUGGCGCUGUCUGUGCAGCACAAAUUCGGUUGGUCGGUGGCUCAGGUCAAUGCUCCGGUAGAGUUGAGAUCCUCCAUAAAGGCCUGUGGGGAACUGUGUGUGAUGACGAAUGGGGAAUGAGUAAUGCAGACGUGGUGUGUAGACAGCUUGGCUGCGGUCAUGCAGUUUCUGCUCCCACAAGUGCCCACUUUGGUAGAGGCACUGGUCCAAUAUGGCUGGAUAAUGUGGAGUGUAGAGGCGAAGAGCCUGCGCUCACACAUUGUACACAUCCUGGUUUCGGAGAAAAUAACUGUGGGCAUGGUGAAGAUGCCGGUGUCAUCUGUUUGGGUGAUUUACAGAAGCCCCAGAUCACUUUCAGCCCUGCGACAGAGGUAAACUGGGGCGACAGAGUUGAGAUUACCUGCACUGUAGUCACAGAACACUUGGGUGGGACAUUCGUCCUGAAAAGGAUCCAAGAUUCAUUUAAAAUGGAAAGGUACUCUGAGAACGAGGCUGCAACCUUUGUCUUCCCCACGGUGGACUUCAGCCAGAAGGGUUCAUACUUCUGUGAAUAUCAAAAGAAACUGCCCAGUCAAGUAAUCUAUUAUCCUCAGGGAAAUACUGCGGAUCUCUCUGUCACAGUGAUAUUGGAGAAGCCCAGCAUCUCCCUGACAUCUCCAUAUGCAAUGGUGGUCUACAGCCCGGACAAAAUAUCAGUCACCCAAGGCAGCAGCUUCUCCGUCACUUGCUCUACUCAUUCCAAAUAUCCUGGAGGUUACUUUUUUCUGACAAAGUCCAACAAGAGCACCACUGACGCAAAGCCUGCGUUUGGCCACUCCAUAUUCUACCUGGUGUCCUUUGAAUUCACUUCAAUAGAUUUAGAAAGCCAAGGAGAGUAUAACUGCGUUUACGGGGUUAACAUGUCCUCAUUUUCCUUCUGUUCGGCUCCCUCCAAGUCACUCCAAGUCACUGUAGUUGUACCUGCAUCCUCUACAGUUGUCCCAGGACUUGUGGGUGGGCUGGUCGUCUUGCUACUCCUGCUUGUUGUAGCUUACCUGGUCUGGAGAAGGAGUAAGCGGGGUGCUGGUACCAUGGUUCAGUUUAGUAACCGGUCUGGAGGAACAUUAAAGCCAGAUACAGACGACAGAAGCAAUAGAGCAUUUGAUGGAAGAGACCGUAACACCCAAGUGAAUGAGCAUGCAAACAAGCGUAGCCUGGAAGACAACGUUCCUGGCGUUGACAACAAUGUUGAGAGGGACCCUGAGGACCUGGUCGGGAGAGUGUGUUAUGAGCUUGAACCACUUGUUCUCUCGUGAUAACACUUUGCUUAAAGGAAUAACCUGUCACAUGACUUUAAAAUAUUUAAAGAGUCCCAUGGCACCAGGCUUGUAAACAGGCUUUUAUGACCCUCUCUGUCCGACCUGAAACAACACCCAACAAUCUAAAAAUCAAAAAACAAGAUUUUCAGCUGGUGUUCGGAUGCUCUUUAAGGUAGAUCACAGGAACCUGUUUAAAGUCUGUUUUUACGUCUUUUGUUGCAAGCAAAUUAUUCAGAAUUCUCCACACUUUGCGUUUCCUCAGAUAGAUGCCCUAUUAGUUGCUUUAAAAUAUGCAAAAAUAAAUUUUGCAGACAUUAAAAAAAAAACAAAUGUGAUUUUGAAUAAGACACAACACUUGCAUAAAUGGGUAAGCAUUCGCCUGUAACACUUGUUUUCAUACUUAAUAUUGUGGUGAUUUUUAUUUCUCUGGGACACUGCCAAUCACAAAGCUAAGGUCCACUCACUUGUCAGAAGAUACUGAUUACAUUGUCUUUGUAUGCGUGAUAAUUUGCUUUAUUUGAUACAUGUAAAUGCUGAUCAAUAAAGAUGUAUUUCUUACAAAA